UGUGUCUUUGUUGGUGUUGGACAAUUAGCAAAGUUGCUAUAACGGACCGAAUUAUCCGACAAAUUUGAUGAAAAUGGUAAACAUUAAACUAUAAUGCGGCACGCGGAGUAAAAUCCUAAAAUGGCACAGCAACAGCGCAGCUGGGACGAGGGAGCUGUCGGAGGAGGAGGUUCCUAUGGCCAUCCCCACUCCUCGCACCACAAAGUACCUGCACGAGCGUCCAGCAACCCGUUGCCCUGCAAGGGAGCCACUCCCAAGCUGCCUAGGCCAUACCACAAUGCUCCGGCGCCCGGCUAUGGAUACGGGGGAUACGAUUCCCCCAGGAGUCCUCAGAUCACCACAACCUUUGCCCAAGACAGUUGCGAUGAGGCGAGUAGCUCCACGCCGAGCUCAUAUUAUCAAACGCCUCCGUCGGGAUCGAUCGAUGACUCCGCCUCGCUGCUCAGUGGACGCACCACUGCCCGCAGUCCCAAAUCCCCUUGCCAGUUCGUCUUCGAUGCAGUGAGUCCCAGUCACGGGCGUAAGUUUGAGUACUACGAACCCAUCUCCCCAGACGAUGGAGCCCUCUACUACGAUCCUCCCAGUUCGCCAAGGAGACAGGGUUCCAAGAAGUUGAUGCGGACAAAGACGCCACUGGAUCCUGUUCCUCAGUUAACCACAACAGGGGUGGAUGAGAGCAUGGCGGUGGCCAUGGCCAUGGGCAGCGGAGGAGGUUACGUGAACAAGCGACAGCGGGAUGAAUGGGAGCUACCGGUGAUCAGCAAGAUUGAGGCCAGAAAUCUUAACGCAGCCGCUUCCGCCGCAGGAGGAGGAGGAUCGACUGGAGGCAACUAUUACGGCCUGAAGCGCGACUCCUGCGUCACCGAUUGCACCCAGCUGUCCAUGGAAUCCGGAGAGACGGGCACCCAGCACACGAACAGCACCAGGGUGACCCAUACCACCACCAGUUUCAGCUUUACGGAACCGGAAAUGGAGCCAGAGCCAGGACAACCUGGACUGCCUGGACAAUCGCAGCGCCAACGCCGCCAUGCCAUCAACAUCACCUCAAAUCCCGGCUACCAGGUGCUCCACAGCUCCCAUUCCACGCUGGAUCGCACCUGUUCGGAUAGCGUGGUCUCGCUGCGCUAUCGCAAAUCCACCAGUGACCUGACCCAAGAUGCCGACCACGAGCUUAGUGGCUGCAAGCCCAACAGCAAGCCGAAGGCCCACGUGGAGCACAAGCCGCGACGCAGGGGCAGCUCCAAGGGGGGAUUGGCCUACCUGGCCAGUCGCCGCAGUUCGCGGGAAUCCAUGAAGAGCGCCUGCUCCAAUGCCUCGAUCGUUUCCAACGACGACGUUGGCCCAUUGGCCUUCCAGAGCUCCAAUCGCGGUCGCCAGCGCAGGACAUCCAACUUCCUCGAGUUGCCAGUUCCCGACCACGUUCGUCCGCGCGUCUGCUCGCUCCCAGAGCGACCGUACAAUCCCCGGGCCAGCGACGACCUGUACCGCCUGCGGCACUUCUCCAUCAGCAAGGGCAACGUGGUCAACUGCGGCGACUCGAUAAUCUCGCGGAGAUCGCGGAGUAACACCAGCGUCAACUCGACGAACAGCCGGGCCAGCGAGCGCUCGCCCUUCGAGGGCAGCUGUUGCGGAGCCGGCUACGCCAAUGUGGACUCCCUGCCGGCGACACCGGACGACUCCGAGAACCUGGAUGAACCGCCGCCACCGGCUCGCUAUCGAGUCGUCAUGCUGGGCGAUGCCGGCGUGGGCAAGACGGCGCUGGUCAACCAGUUCAUGACCUCCGAGUACAUGCACACCUACGACGCCAGCCUGGACGACGAGUUCGGCGAGAAGACGGUCAGCGUUCUGCUGGACGACGAGGAGUCGGACAUGGUCUUUAUCGACCAUCCCAGCGUCGAGAUGAGCGUGGAGAACUCGCUGUCCACCUACGAGCCGCAUGGCUGUGUCGUCGUCUUCUCGGUGGUCGAUCGCAGCUCCUUCCGCGUGGCCGAGGAAAUCAUCAAUUACCUGUGGCAGGAGAACUACACCAAGGACAAGGCCGUCAUCCUGGUGGGCAACAAGGCGGAUCUGGCCCGUGCUCGGCUUAUCACCUCACAGGAGGGCAAAGCCCUGGCCGCCUCACGCGAUGCCAAAUUUAUUGAGACGUCCAGCGGCAUACAGCACAACGUCGAUGAGCUGCUCGUCGGCAUAUUGAAGCAGAUGCGUCUGAAGGAGAAGCGCGAGAAGAAGGCCACCGCUUCGAAGAUGAAGACCUCCCGCACCCACAUAUCCCUGCACUUGGCCAAGGAACUCCUCCAGAAGAUCUGCCUCAGCGACAUCUCCAAGUCGAAGAGCUGCGAGAAUCUGCAUGUGCUAUAAACACGAUGUCCCCCAACUGAGCCAACCUCGAUGUCUUCUUCACCCGGCUAAAAUCCCUGGGCGAAAUUAUGCCACAAAAACCAACACAAAACUGUAUACAAAAGAG